AUGGCCGAAGUGUCCACAUUCUGGCAUUUCACUCUUUCAGGCAGCAAAUACAGCAGCUUCUUCAUAGGAGGAAAAAACCAGAGCAAAGACUGCUUCAUCCUCUACCUCCUUCCACCAGGAGAAGUGGCUCCCGUGCAAGGAACAGCAUUCGACCUGAGGAAGCCCGUGGUGCUUGGUGGACACCUGCAGGGGUUCCACAUCAACGGAUUUGACCACAAUUUCUGUCUGAAGGGAUCGAAGGAGAAGCAUUUUUGCGCAAGGGUGCGUCAUGCUGGCAGCGGGCGGGUGCUGGAGGUGUACACCACCCAGCCCGGGGUCCAGUUUUACACGGCCAACUUCCUGGACGCCACUCUGAGGGGCAAGGGCGGAGCGGUCUACCCCAAGCACUCCGGCUUCUGCCUCGAGACCCAGAACUGGCCCGAUGCGGUCAACCAGCCCCACUUCCCGCCUGUGCUGCUGAGGCCUGGAGAGGAGUAUGACCACACCACGUGGUUCAAGUUCUCUGUGGCCUGA